AUGCCUGUUACUCGCACACACUGCUGCCUCUGCGGAGAUUUUGUCAUCGACGAGAAUUGGUCACCGUCUUGGAUGGCCCAAUUUUAUGCCCUCUAUGCUGUCGACGAGGAGGCGGACGCGCCGGCCUUCCUUUCUGGCCCUGGACGCAGACAGCGAUUUGCCGAUGUUGUCCAAGUCGCCGACUCUGAGCGUGCCGCGGCCGAGGAUGACCCUUCGCAUCGAUCUCAUGCGCUCGGGCUUCGGGGACAACGUGGUCUUCCCACCUGA